CAGUUCAGCAGCGUCGUUUCGUUUGUGGAUAGACCAGCCCGCAAGCAACUGCAAGUAGCAUCAUAUAACGCCGUUACGCCGUCUCUCUGCGACACUCACCACACCAGCAGCAGCUCCGUCCACGUGCGAAGAAGCUGCCGCCUCAAAGUUGAUCGUCACUUCAGUGCCGCCAUCCCGUCCGUGCUUACUCGAUCGAUAGUGUCGCGCAUUCUGAUUCCCAAGCGUAGAACCAGAGGCGCGGAAGGCGAUAAUCCUUCUUGGAGAGUUCGGCUUGUUGCAGGGACUCCAUUUUUACCCGGAGAAAGGGAGAGUUCAUUUAGCAGGUGCUGAAAAGUCGCCUAGUGCUACAGCACCUGCUAGGAUAAAAAAGUCCUUCCAGCCAUGGCUCUCCUCCCAACGCAUCACCUAGCGCCAUUAGGACUCCAUGACACAAGGAGUACGAAGGCAUCUCUCCGCCCUGCAUCGCGAAAGUCCCCCUCGCAGCGAGAACGCCUCGCGUGAUUCUAGGAAGCCCGCCGCUCCUCUCCCCUCCCACUCCCUCUUCCUCCCCCCCCUCCCUUCCCCGCCCUCUCCGCCGUCCCGCCCUCCCCGCCCUUUCCCCUCCUCUCCCUCCACAUUCACCUACACGGAUCGGUGACAUGUGCGCGCCGUACUGCGGCGGCUUCUGCUUGUAGCGGCUUCUGCUGCUGUCAGGCAGUAGAUUUGCCGUAUAGGCUAGACCGUCGAUUUGCUCUCGAUACGACAUUCCACACAAGGCUUAGGCGCUGUAGUAGCCGCCAGGCUGUCCGCGUAGUCCUAUAAUGUCUUUCGCUCCCGCCGCGACAUGAAAUGGCUGCGCCCGACGCCGCCGCAGACAGGCGGCCAGCCGGAUCGACCGGUCAACCCCCGAAACCCGGUCAACGCGGUGAGCCCAGUCAACCCUGUCAACCCAGUCGAUGCGCCCAAAGCUAUGGAGAAGACAGUCAGGCCGUGGACGAAGUACCUUCGCGUGAUCAAAACGACUGUGACAAAAUCGAGCGCAGCAAUAAAGUACAGCCAUGUCAGCCAGGUCCAUCAUGCCACGUGUUCGGCGGCAUCGUCCACGUCAGCGCUCAAGCCGCUCCCGCCCUGCCCCUGGAGCCAGCCUUGGAUGACGGAUCCGCCGUACGCUCCCACGUGUACGAUCUACUCCGCGAGGCACGCCGCCAUUGGCGGGCUGGCGCCGCCGAAUGCGGCGUGGAAUACGGCGGCAUCGGUUCCCUCGCCGCAUUCGGCGGCGACGGCCACUGUGCGGGGAAUCGUGGCGGCGGUAGCGGAGGAGGGGGUGAAGAGCCGAGCCUGGAGGCUCGGUUCAGGCUCGGGACGGAGCUGGGGCGAGGCCAUUUCGGCGUGGUGCGGCUCUGCGAAGACCGGCGAACCGGCGAGCGGUUCGCCUGCAAGACCGCUCUCAAGUCGCAAAUAACUGUGCGUUACGACUUGCUUCGUUAACUUUCUGGUUUGCCUCAUGCUUUUUUUUUUUUCCUCAUAGAUGACUCCAAUCUAACAAGCGAGCGGUUCGCCUGCACGACCGUUCUCAAGUCGCAGAUGACUGUGCGUGACUCUUCAUUAUUUCCGGC